AUGUUGGCCUCACGACUUUCUCGAGCUCUUCCCCGAGCCACGCCAAUCACAGCUCGAUCGGCAGCCUUUGCCAGGUCGCCCUUGCUCCCCAGAUUUUCCCGCCAUCAGUCCACUGCGGCCGAAGGCGAGAAGGUCCAGGGCGCCGUCAUCGGCAUCGAUUUAGGUACUACUAAUUCUGCCGUCGCCAUUAUGGAGGGCAAAGUUCCUCGCAUCAUUGAAAACUCGGAAGGUGCCCGCACCACUCCUUCAGUUGUUGCCUUCGCCGAGGAUGGCGAGCGACUGGUCGGUGUUGCCGCCAAGCGACAGGCUGUCGUGAACCCAGAGAACACCCUGUUCGCCACCAAGCGAUUAAUAGGGCGCAAGUUCACCGAUGCCGAGGUCCAGCGUGACAUCAAGGAAGUGCCUUACAAAAUAGUACAGCACUCCAAUGGUGACGCCUGGGUUUCAGCCCGUGGCCAGAACUACUCUCCUUCCCAGAUUGGUGGUUUCGUUCUCAAUAAGAUGAAGGAGACUGCCGAGGCUUACCUCUCCAAGCCCGUCAAGAAUGCUGUCGUCACUGUCCCUGCCUACUUCAACGAUGCUCAGCGACAAAGCACCAAAGAUGCUGGUCAAAUUGCUGGCCUCAACGUUCUCCGCGUUGUCAAUGAGCCUACUGCCGCAGCCCUCGCUUAUGGUCUCGAGAAGGAGGCCGACAGUGUCGUCGCAGUCUACGAUCUCGGUGGCGGUACCUUUGAUAUUUCCAUCUUGGAGAUCCAGAACGGUGUUUUUGAGGUGAAAUCCACCAACGGUGAUACGCAUCUUGGCGGUGAAGACUUUGAUAUUCACCUGGUCCGACACAUUGUCGCCGAUUUCAAAAAGACUUCAGGCAUUGACCUGUCCAGUGAUCGCAUGGCUAUUCAGCGCAUCCGUGAAGCUGCUGAAAAGGCAAAGAUUGAGCUUUCUUCCUCCCUGCAGACCGACAUCAACUUGCCCUUCAUCACUGCCGAUGCCUCUGGCCCCAAGCACAUCAACAUGAAGCUCACCCGUUCGCAGCUGGAGAAAAUGGUUGAAUCCCUGAUCACUCGGACUAUUGAGCCUGUCCGAAAAGCCCUGAAGGAUGCUGGUCUGCAGGCCAAGGAAAUCCAGGAGGUCAUCUUGGUUGGUGGAAUGACUCGUAUGCCAAAAGUCGCCGAGUCCGUCAAGAGCAUUUUCGGACGGGAGCCUGCCAAGUCUGUCAAUCCCGACGAGGCUGUUGCCAUAGGAGCUGCUAUCCAGGGCGCCGUUCUCUCUGGUGAAGUCAAGGAUCUCCUUCUCCUCGACGUUACUCCUCUGUCGCUCGGUAUCGAGACCCUGGGUGGUGUAUUCACUCGUUUGAUUAAUCGCAACACCACGAUUCCGACAAAGAAGUCCCAGGUCUUCUCCACUGCAGCUGACUACCAGACUGCUGUCGAAAUCAAGGUCUACCAGGGCGAGCGUGAGCUUGUCAAGGAUAACAAGCUGCUGGGCAACUUCCAACUUGUGGGCAUCCCGCCUGCUCACCGUGGCGUUCCUCAAGUCGAGGUCACCUUUGACAUUGAUGCCGAUUCCAUUGUCCACGUCCACGCCAAGGACAAGUCCACCAACAAGGACCAGUCCAUUACCAUCGCUUCCGGCUCUGGUCUUUCCGAGAACGAGAUCCAGCAGAUGGUUGAGGACUCUGAAAAAUACGCCGAGGCUGACAAGGAGCGCAAGAACGCCAUCGAAGCGGCCAACCGCGCUGAUAGCAUGCUGAAUGAUACUGAGCGCACCUUGAACGAGCACGCCGACAAGCUUGACAAGACCGAGGUCGACGCCAUUAAAGAGAAGAUCACCGCCCUGCGCGAGUUUCUUGCCAAGAGCCAGUCUGGAGAGAGUACCGCUACUGCUGCCGAGAUCAAGGAGAAGACUGACGACCUGCAGAUGGCUAGCUUGAACCUUUUCGACAAGAUGCACAAGGCCCGCAACGAAAGCAGCUCUAGCGAACAGCAACCUGAAGGCGAGAACAAGGGCGAGAACAAGCCAUGA